AUGGGCAAUGCAAUCUGGGAGCUCUAUUGCGCAGAGCAUGCAAUCGGAGCUGAUGGUUUUCCAAAAGAGGCUCCGCAUGAAAUGGAGUGUCAGAGCACCUUCUUUUACGUCAGCCCAAAGGGUCAAUAUGUGCCAAGAUGUCUUUUUAUCGACCUGGAAGCCUCCGUUGUGGGAUGUGACUUUUGCACCUUCGCCGCUUAUGACGGAAUAAAUGCAAUCACGACUCACAAUAACUCCAUAUUCUCAUUAAUUGGAAUGUGUGUUGUUGUGUUGACGCGUGAAGUCCCAUCGAAUUCUCACUCCCAACGUCGAGAGAAGAAAUCUGCCUAG